ACAAAGGUAUCCGUCGUAAAAAUCUGUGGAAUGUGUCAAAUAGUGUUGUGAAGUCGCGGAAGAAGAAAGGCAUUUUAUUUAGUUUGAUGUCUUAUUUGCACUUCUUUUUGUAGCUAAAACACUCUGUUUGCUCAAGAUACGAGUGUGAUAGAAUUCACAGUGAAAUAUCUGUUAUCUUCCGCGAAAUAAUACCGUGAAUCUUGUGAUCGAAUAAACCUUCGCUAGAACGCAGUGAAGUUCAGUGUUUUGUUGGGAGUUUUUGCGUGAAAAAUGAAAAUGAAAUCAGCGUAAAUCGAAUUAGGACGGAAAAUUUCUGUGAUGAUGCAAGUUUUCUGCUAAAUAAGUAUCAAAUAGGAAGGCUAUGAAGUAGUGGUUUGCUUUGGUAAAAAACGGAUUAUCAUCGAGGGCUAGUGUUUCAUUUGAAUCCGUCCGGAGAACAUGGACAGGAAGAACAAGGUCAACAAGAAACAUUCUGAGGAGAAAGACGCAGCCAGUGAGAGCAUUAUGCCCGGCAAUGCCUUGGAUAAAAAUGAAAGUGGUGUAAAUUGUCUGGGGAAGCGCAAAAAGUCAUCCCGGAGCCGGCAGGUGAGUGGCAGAAGCAGCACAAACUGGAGCCUGGAUCAGUGGCUGGAGAACUGUAUGCAUCCCGACAGUGGCAUAUCCAAUUCAACGCCAUCGGCGGGUUCGCUGAUUCUCAGUCGCGAGAACAAUUCAUCACCGAGAAUUUUUCCCACAAUGUCGCAGGUGUAUUCAGCUAAUGUCUAUGAACCGGUAUUCAAUCACAUACCACUCAACUUCUCCACGCCAGACAGUGCAGCAGCGAAGAAUGGACCCAGCACCUCAUUGCAUGCCCAUAGCUCUGAUCUCGGCAGUCCCGCCAACGAGCACGAAAGGGAGAAUGCCCCAAAGUCACUGCAGGAGAAUCUCCAGGGGUCGGCGGCGGAAAUGGAGAAGAACAGAUUUAGCGAUUUGGGGAUGACCAGUAUGUCGGACAAUGACUCAAAGGAACGCGAUGAGGAGGAUGAAUUGAGUCCAACGAGUUCCAGAGAUCUCUCAAAUGCCAACAAUCGACCCCAUGUCGAUGGAACAACAACGGCAAAAGAUGGGAAAUUGUUGGCGACACUCUUGGAGCAGAUUUCCCUGCUUCAUGAUACAAAUGCAAAAAUCUGCCGGAAUUUGCAUGAGACAAAAGUUGAGAUUGAGGCUUUGAAACAUGCACCUAGUUGGAGUCUACGUCACCGUAGAGAUAGUAGCGUUAGUGGAUUUAGCACCCACAGUCAACCAUUGGGUUAUGUCUUUGGCACUCACAGUCCAGCACCAACGUACCAUUCAGGCAUGUACACACCGGGAAUGGUGACUGAUGUCAUCCGUGAGGUGCGCGAUGGAGCUCGAAUACGCGAAGAAGCAAUGAUUCAUAAAGUGAAAUCCAUGUUGGAGGAAAAUUCAUGGGCCAUGAGUGAGAUGAAGAUUAAGUUGAUGCGAGAAAUGGAAGAAUUGAAGAUGGAGAUGCAGCAUUUGAGGACAGAGAAGAAAGAACUGAGCAAUAAGGUGGCAAAGAUGGAAAAUGAGAUGCAUACCUUGAGGGUGGCAUUGAGUAAUUCUGCAAAGCAGCAGAAACAGACAAAUUCCAUUGAUGUGGAAAAGCACAUCAACAGUGGUCAUAUUAAUUAUGGGGUUGUGAAGCAGGAAGAUGGGGAGUUUUAUGAAGUGGAUGUGACAAAUUCACCUGUGAAGAAAUAUUCCACAGCUUUUGAGAAUCGAAUGGCAAAACCAGUGACAAUAAAUUCAUUUUCAACUCAAAUGCUCAAUAACGGAAGUAACAGACCACUGGACACUAUGGCCAAGAGUCUGUCUUCCGGUCAUUUGGUGCAGCAGGAAAAGGAUACGCUAGAGCUCAGGCGAGAACUUCAGGAUGCAAUUGCGGGGAGGAAGCAUGCAGAAAGGCGAAUUAUGGACCUUGAACGGACUGUGGCUAAUUUGCAGAAAGGAGGAGUUAAUCGUUCCAGUCCAUCUGCGGAUGGAUCACCUGAAAUCACAUCAAAUUCCAGCACAGCUAAAAGUAUCGAGAGACACUCAUCACAUGUUAAAAUAGAUCUGGAAUCACCCAAUGGUAAAAACUCAACCAUUGUCCCGGUCUCUUCGCAAAUCCAGAAUGUGGGUCCAAAGGCGAAGAUUUGUCUCACAGGAAUGGUGACAGAUCUCUAAAGGCAGGAGAUUUACUACAUAGACACUCCCUCUCACACUCGAAUAUUUUUGGAUUUAUCCAUGCGGAAGGAAGAAAUUUGUGCCAUUUUACACCUUUUUUUCGAUUCUGAUGUAAAUGCAUAAUUUUUUGCAUUUCACUCUUAAUAUUUUCACAUUCAAUCUUUUUUCUCACGUACAAUUGAUUAUUUUUUUCUAUUAUUGACAUAAACUAAUAUUUAUAUUAACGCAAGUAAUGAUAGUGCCUUUAAUUAUUGCCUUAAGGGAAAUGUACAUUAAGGAAAUCAUUCUGACUUUUUUUUGAAAUACAAACGAGUACGAAAGGCAAAAA